GGUAUAGUGAGUGAAAUAGAGCAGGAAGGUCAGAUUCAGAAAGGAAACAUGUUAUAAAACUCACUGACUUCCUUAUGCAAGAGAUUUGUAGAACUGUAAUCUCUACUGUGACAAAUAACAGUCAGGAGGUGUUUCCUAAAGACUCUGGAGGCUGGCCGUUUGACACUUACAUAAGAUUUACACAUGAACUGACAAGCUGACAUCACAUUCGUCUUCAACUCUUUUGGCACCAAAAGCAAAUUUAUGAACUGUCUCUGUCACAUCAAACUGUCUGCAUGCUGUUGCUGAAGGAAUAUUGACAUUCACUUUAUGAUUGAUACCAUUCGUAAAUUAGUAAGUACCAGCAUUCAUUUUCUCAUGGAAAAAAAGGAAAAAAAUGCUUAAAAUAGUUGUUUCAGUAUUAUUCUUCAAACUAACCUUAACGUUAGCAUCGUAAAAAAAAAAAAAAAAAAAAAAACUUUACAAACACAUAUGCAGGUUGUCCCGACUAAUACAGACAGUUACAGUACAUAGAUUUGGUAUGUAUGUAUUCCUUAUUUUUUGAAGCAUCAAUUUUGAUAAACAUUCAAAAGAAGAAAUGUGAUUAAUUGAUCUUGAAUAUUUCAGGGCCAAAACAUUUCACCAGGAAAGGAGUUUGGGGAAAAUUGUCAGAAACAACAUGGCAAACCCAAAUGGCCUGCCGAAGGACUUCAAAACUGCUCUUCUGGUCUUAUACAUAUUCAUCUUUAUCUUUGGGACUCUGAAUGUUGUACUAAUGUCCUGUAUGCUACAGUCUCAAAGACAUCUCUCUUUCACCAAAGUGUCUGUGAUCAAUCUGAUAUCAGUGCACUCCUUUUUCCUUCUCACGGUGCCUUUUCGCAUUUACUAUUAUGCUUCUGAUAUAAACUGGACUAUAGGCAGUGAUCUCUGCAGAUUUGUCAGUCUUAUGAUCCAUGCCCACAUGUAUCUUGCAUUCAUCUUCUAUGUUUCCCUUCUAAUUGUGCGUUAUGUGGAGCACUCUAAUCAGCGGCACAAGCUGGAGUUUCAUCGCACCCUUCAUGCCACGAUUGCAAGCGCAACCGUCUGGUUGAUCAUAUUUGGCUCUGUGUUCCCAGCUUUUUCUAACUUUGGAGACAAACACACUGACACAACUCCGUGCUUUCAUUUCAGUAAGGCUCUCGACGAUCAUAGAGCAAAGACAUUUAACUAUAUUCUUUCUACACUAGUAAUACUGGUUUGGAGUGUGCUAGCAUUUUUCCAAGUUUAUUUUCUAAUCUACGUGAGUAAGACAUUUGGAAAGGCCGCAUGUCAACGUCAAGAGUUUUGGGCACAAUUGAAAAAUGUUUUUUUCCUGUCGGUCAUGUUUUUUAGUUUUGUGCCUUAUCAAGGAUUCAGAGUAUAUUAUGUGAGUGUAUAUGACAAUACCACAGGAAUACCAAAUACCACAGAAAUACCAAAUACCAAAGGAAUACGGAAUACUGAAGAAAUUCAUCAUAUAAAUGAAGUAUUUCUUGCUGUUACUGCUUUCAGCUGCUUUGAUAUGAUUGUUUUUGCUGGUAGAGAUGUAUGCAAACUUAUAAAUUCAAGGGGAUGGUUUAACUGUUUAUAGCAUCUAUAUUGUAUAUUGUUUUUGAUAUUGUGAAUUGGUUUCCAAAUGGUUUAAAUUUUUUGAUGCUUUUGCACCUUAUAAGCUAAUAACAAUUGUUCUGCAUGACAGAAUGUUUGGAAAUAACCUGGUGUUUUAUUGUCUACAAUGCAUUAAAUAAUUUACAGUAUUUACGUCGGAUGGAUUUAAAUGACAUAUUUGGUCUUUAUUCCUUUGGUUUUUAUUUCCUUUUCAGAGAAAUCCUUUCCACAUUUAUUUUUAUGUGUAAAGACAUAGCAUGCACAUGCAUAUAUAUAUUUGCAGGGGAAAAAAAAGUUAAAUGCAUAUGUUUAAUUCUAUAAUGAUAUCUGUUGUUUACUUACAAACACAUUUUUGUUUAUUUUUAUCUGGAACAAAACUGUCAAACCACCAGUGAUACAGCUAAUUCAGUGACUGAUAAGCUGUGGGUGUGAAUUUAUCAUGACAUCAGUAUCAGUGUUAAUCAUAAAGUUUACAACAGACCCAUCACUGUCAACAGAAAGACUUUUUAAGUUGUCACAUACACACACAAACAACUCAGGUGUAUAAUGUGGCUUAUCUACAGUAUUGGUGAAGGAGGCU